AUGAAGCCGAAUGAAAUAAGGCGCCUAAGUAAUACUACCGUUAUACCACACAUACAGUAUGGAGCUUAUUUAAGGCAAAUAGAGCUGCCUACAUCAGUUUAUCGUGAACAGGCCUACAUCAAUUUCUUCAUAUUAAUACAGUUAUUAGAAUUAAAGAGAGGGGAGACGGCGUCGAUUUAUCUGGCUGAUUAUCUGCCGCAAAAUAGAAAGGAAUUAUUUCGUUGGACAAUUGGUUCAAGCGUAUUUGACUGGACCCAAGUGCUGAAAAUGAUCGCCACUGUCGAAGGUGCAGGUUGGUUGCAACUUAAAGAAAUGGAACUACAAGCCAGGUCUAAGGUUCGUUUUGAAAUAAGAACUGAAAACUUCUCUAACAUAGAGCGAAUUUGAUA